AUGGUUUGCACAAAGUGCCAGAAGCUCGGCAAGGGCUCGACAACCCUCGCAACGCCAGCCAUUAAAAAGAAGUCGGAAAUCUACCACGGCUCCUCCGCCUCCGCCUCCUCCUCUUCGUCAUCCGCCUCCAAACCGACCCUGGGCUCCACCGGCAUCGGCAAGAGCAAGCUGCUCUCCAAGGCCGCCAAGAACCCCUACGCCCAGUACUCGAGUGCCUGCUCAAAGUGCAAGACCAAGGUCUCCCAGGGCCACUCCCUCUGCCAGUCGUGCGCCUACAGGGCCGACUCGUGCGCCUCGUGCGGGAAGCCCAACAAGAAGGCCAAGGGCGCCGCACCCUCCGUCGCCGGCCAGAAGUUCACUCUGAAGUGA